AUGAAUUGCUCUUAUCAUAUAGAAAAUCAAGUAUCGCUAAUUUGUAUUGCUCCUCAUAAUUGUUAAUUUUCAAGAAAACUGUGUGUUGAAUGGCAACAUGAACAAGGAGUGGAUAUGCAACAACAUACAGUUCCGAUAAGAAAAUUUCAAUAAAUGGUUACGAAUAAAUUAUAAGAAUCUUCUCUUAAAUAAACACCUGAAUUAACAACAAUGCUGAAUUCAACUCAAAAAAUAAAAUAAUUUUGGGAUGACUUAGCAGAAUAUAUCAAAAUGAUAUAGACAAAAGAAACAUCUUAUUUGGAAAUAAUGAACAAAAAUUUGAAUCCAACAUAAUUGUCAAAUACAGAAUUAGAAUAAUUAGUCCAAAUUAGUACAGGAAAAACUUUAGAAGAUUGGAAUAAUGAGAAAAAUAAUUAUUUAAAGAAGUUGGAAACGACAAAGAAUUAAUUGGAAAUAGAAACUCAGGCUUUUUUGUGAAAAGUUGAAUAAAUAAAUCAAAGAAAAAAAAUUAUGU